AUGUAUCUUCUGCUGCUUCAGCUGCUUAUGAUCUCAGGGCUGGGAGAGGCCAGGCAACGAAUGCUACAAAGCAGGGACAAGAGAACCCAGCAUCCGUCUCACGCUUCCAAUGAUCAAGGCCUUGGAGCACUAUCUGUUGAUGUUUUCGAGGAUGCCCAAGAAAAGCCAGACUUGUUUGUAGCCAUACCCCACCUGAUAGACCCUGAGCUAACAGAAGCUCCCAAAGAGCAAAGAGAAAUGUUGUUCAGGUUUAUGUAUACCUCUGAGAAACAGAAGCCAGAAAGGCAUCUAGAAAUAAGGGAUCCUGCUAAAGAGGCCUUCAGACCUAGGACCCCAGCAAAUGCCGAGCCUGAUGGCAAGGAAAUUGAGAACCCCCAUCUCCAGGAAGAAGCACAAAAAUUCUGGCAGUACUUCUUGUUUAGAAAGAGCUCGGCUUCACAGGAGGUCAUCUUGCCCAUCAAAAGCGAUGAAGUAUACCAGGAGACCUGUAGGACAGUACCCUUCUCCCAGACAAUCAUACAUGAUGACUGUGAAAAAGUGGUCAUUCAAAACAACUUAUGCUUUGGGAAAUGUCGGUCUCUUCGUCUCUCUGAGGCUACAGAUCACCAUCAUGCAUUCUGCUCCCACUGUUCACCUACCAAGUUCACAACAAAAGAAUUACUAUUGAACUGCACUGGACCUACCCCUGUGGUCAAGGUGGUGAUGGUUGUGGAGGAAUGCCAGUGUCAAGUCAAGCAAGGUGAAGAUGAGGAACAUUUUCAUUCUGACUCUCAUGUGUAAAAACAUAGUCAGAAUUAUUCUGUUCAAGGGUUAUUUUGUAAAUUUGGGGCCAAUGCUCUCUCCUCCCAGAAACCAAAAAUGAAACAAUGGCAAACAAAUUGACCUUUAAUGGCAGACCACCUGUAACAGCUGGGAGAAGUCCAAUUGUAUUCGGCCUUUGUCAGUUGACAGUGUUUACAUGGAGAUAAAGAACUAUUUUGUUGGUCUCUAGUUUGGGGUCCUUCCCCUCUUAAAUUCUCAGGGUCUCCUCCCUUCAUCAAAGAGACUCAGCUUGACUUCAUGGGCCUCAUCUCAAGCAAUUGACCUUUGGUGAUUUGCAACCCACACAUUGUUGCUUGUGUAGCAAAAGUCAUUUUGAAUAUAUUUUCAUUUUUGUCUCUGUUUACAUCAUAGGUUCUGAACCUGGGAUCUUCAGACCAGAUUUCAAGGGCGGGGUGUGAACUUAGAUGGGGAAAAAAUACAUUUUUGUUUUCACUUACUCCUGGUUUCCUUUGCAAUCCUAGAUGCAUUUAAAAACAUGAUUCUGAGAAGUGGUCAGUAGGAUUCACCAGACCGCCAAAAAGGUCUGUGACAAAAGAAGGAUGAGAACUCUUGGGUUGCGCAAUGUUCCUAUACUAAUAGAUCGUAAGCUCUUGGAGAGCUAGGUAUGUUUUGCUUUUAUAUUUGUAUCUCUGGUGCCUAGAACAUUGCCUAUCAUGAAGUAGGCACUUAAUAAAUUCUUCUCGAAUUUAAUUAAAUAUUGAAAUAACUCUUCAGAAUUUGUAGGUGAAAGGGGAUUCACCACUAGUAGAAACUACAUGCCUAUAGAUAAAUAAGGAUUUAAUGAAAGUAAGAGUGUGAGGGGAGAUAGGUGGUGCAGUGGAUAAAGCACCAGCCCUUGAUUCAGGAGGACCUGAGUUCAAAUCUGGCCUCAGACACUUGACACUUACUAGCUGUGACUCUGAGUAAGUCACUUAAUGCUCAUUGUCUCCCCCCCCCCACCAAAAAAAGUAAGAGUUUGGUUUUUAGAGGCAGCUACGGGCCCAGUGGUUAGAGCACUGGGCAUAUAGGCAGGAAUAUCCGAGUUCAAAUCUGUCCUCAUUUAUUAGCUGUGCGACUCUGGAUAAGUAGAUUAACUUCAACCCACUGGAGAAGGAAAUGGAAAACUACUCCAGUAUCUUUGCCAAGAAAAUCCCAUGGCCAGUAUUAUCCAUGGGGUCAUAAAGAGUUGGACUCGACUGAACAAGAGCAAGUUUUUGGUGUUGGUUAGCAAAUUGGAUUUCCAGGUUUGGAUGAGGCUUUUCUUCUAAUGUAAAAAAAAUAAUCUAAACUGUGAAUCUUAGUUAUGAAGUGAUGUAAUGAAACUGGGGGCAAAUGACCAGUGUUGGAAACUGAAGCAUGCUGGAAAAGUUAGUGGCAUUUUUUAAAGCUUCUCCUGUUAUCAUUGUCAAAAAUGUUAGAGCUAGAAGAGACCUCAAAAUUACUGAAUGCAAUCAUCACAUUUUUAUGGACGAUCAAAUUGAGCCCCAGGACAUGACCUGCCCAAUGUGACACAGGUAUGCAUGGUCAGAGUAGAAUUCGAACCUGUUUAUCCUGAUCUUCUGUCAAACGAGUAAUCUCUGUAUCCCAAGUUUACUGGUCCUGACACAUGGACCAGUGUUUAAGUGCCAAGUUCAGGGAUUUUCCAGUAAACUGUGCUGCUUUGCUAUUCCAUAUGUAAAAUAGCCCAAAUGUAUGUAUUUAGUUUUGGCUCGUAAUCUCCCAUUCUUCCAUCUCUCUGCUCUUGUCUCAGUCUGCUUUUUACA